AUGUCGUGUUCGGUAGGAUUUUAAACACUUAAGUUAGUACGAAGCUGUGUAAAACAUAGACUUUAGUUAUGGACUCUAAAAAUAGGACAGUUGGUAAAUAUUUAAACAAAAUACUGUCGGAUUCAAACAGUGGAUGUAUUUGCUGAAUGAGGAUAUUAAAUAUAUUUAUGGAUGGUAUAACUGACAGCUCUAGGUGAAUAUUAGUUAUCCAUGUAAGCUGGUUGAGGUUAUCUAAAUUGUUGUGAAAAACUUGACAAACAUAAUUGUCUGCUUGUUGACAGUAUGGAAAUGAGGAAAAUGGUCAAACCUCUCUGUAGAACAAAAGUUGCUGAUGGACGUAUAUAUGUCAGGAUAAAUUGAAGACCAGAUUUCUUGAAAACAUCAUGGCGUCAAAAUUUGGUGUAAAACUGAAACAGGCGGAUGGUGCAGGGGAGAAAUCUGUUGGUCAAACCAGUUACACUGCAGGAGGAACCCGGCGGUCCGACUUCAAAACUAAACCAGUGUCAGACCUGAAAGCUUUGUUUGAUCAAACUGAUAAAGAAGCCAAAGAAAGCAGUGAAAUUCUUACAAAGAAAAGUACCAAAGUUGUAACUGAAACAAGUUCAUCAACACAAAAAUCAAGCUAUACAAAAACUGUGAAAACUGAUAAUACUAGUCAAAUUGUUGGUUCGAAAAAAAGUGCUUCAGCAACGACAAAAAUAACUAAAAAUAGUGGUGGACAGCUUUCUGAAGCAGAUCUAAGUGCCUUUGAAGCCCUAAGAACAAAAUUGAACAGAACGGGGAUUGAAAAUCUGGGUUCUUUGGGUGAUGGCAGUAAACCUGUAGUAGCCGUUGCAAAAAGUAAAACAUACAGUGGUGGAACUACAUACCAAGCUACCGUUGCUAAAAAGAAAGUCCACAAUGCUGAUGACGAUGAUGACGUUAAAGUGCCAGCUACCAAGACACAGGCAGCAAAUUUUCUGUCAUUUGGUUUAACAAAAUUACGAAUUCGACCAGGGCUUCUAAACAAUGAAGAAAAGAGUGGUGGCGAAAGCGUGUCAAUGGGUACAAGUUCCCCACGGUCACAGUCUCCGAAACCAACUUCACCAAUAAGAAAAGACUUUGGAAAGGAUAAAUACAUCCCCGGAGUAGCAAAAGGGUGGAAAGGUAGUGUGGAUGUCAAAUCAAAAGAUCCUGGUGAUGCAGGUGUUACAAAAACUGGAAAAUUUGCUGACAGUUCAGUAGGAAAAGUAAGAAAUGAAGUGAAGAGUGAAAAUGAAACUAAAGUGAAAGGAUUUAGAUCUGUCAGUCCUGUUAGUUUUCAAUCUGUAGACGAAUCUGCAGGAAGUGCAAAUUUAAGUCCAAGAGGUUACAAACCACCAAAAUUUGACUUCAUUGAGAAAGAUGACAAAACAAAGUCAGCAGAAAUUAAAACCGAUAUUAAUGAAAACAUUAAGAAAUUUGACGCUGCAAAGUCUAAUCACGAAAUGUUCAAACUUAAUUCUGACAAUCAGGGGAGUACACCAAAAUCUGACUUGCGAAAACCGCAACAAUCAAGUGCUUCCAAAUUAAUCAGUAAAACUGAAUCAAGUACAAUAAAAACUUUUCGUAGUGAUAGUCAAUUAAGUACAUUGGCUUCAAGAGCAAACGCUGAAUCAACCAGCACUACCAAGUUGGUGCGAAAUGAUUCAAAACCUAAGUUGUCUGCUGUCGAACAGUUGGCUUUAGAUAAGGAGAAGAUCAAAACAAGUCGCAACUCUGGCUCCUUCAGUAGUGAUUCAGAGAAAGGUAAACAAUCCCCGAAAGUGAAAGGAGAAUUCAAGUGGAUGGACAAGAGUAGGAUUUCUUUGGAAGAAUUCAAAGAAAAGACAAAAGGAAAAUCUCCAGUGCAGAACCAUAGGCCUCUGAGUAGAGCAUCAAGUUCUGGCUCUAAUAGUUCUUUGACAAGAAUGGAUGGUUUGAACAUGCAGGCUCGUGUAGAAAGAUUUGGAUCACCUGAGCUGCGAAGGAAUACACCAUCUCCUAGAGCAAAUAGUCCCUUGUCCCAGUCAGCAGAUUUUGGUCUAAAGAGAAAAGAUUUUGCAGUGUCCAAAAAUUCGCAAAUUAGUGUUGACAAAUUCAGAGAUUUAAAGAAAGGAUUUGAAGGGAAGGAAAAAGAAUCUCAAUCAGAAGUAAGUCCAAGAAAGGCAGUUGAUAUAAACGUAAACAAAAGACUUGUUGAGCGUAAGCAGUCAUUUGAAGGAGGUGAAGUAAGCAGACAAAAGUCUUAUGAAAAUAAAGAAGUUGUUUCACCAAGAGACCGUGGAAACGUGCUUCAAACAGUAAAAGCUCUGACUGAGCUUGAUGCCCGUUCAAAAGCUCAAACAAACCUUGUUCGUAGAACAAAGUCCCUCCCCUCUGACAGCCUUGAAGACGACUCAUCAGCUGAUUAUUACGAAGAUAUUGGUUCUCCGAGGGGUUUCCCGAAUGUCCCUGAAUAUCCAAUCGGUGAUGACCUCUCAAAUGAAGGAGAUAUUAGCAGUGAUGCUGACCUUAUUUACGAAGAGAUUCCGGCAUCGUUUUCAUUGUCAGAUCCGAGCAACAAGAAGGACUUCAAGGACCGACGAGCCACGGCCUUCAGAAAAAGACGAAAGGCGAGCGAAGAACAGUCAAAGUCUCAAGACACACAGACUGGCACAGAGGGCGAUAUAGACAGUGACUCUGACAGUAUAUACGAGCCUAUAGAUGACGAUGUUGAAGACGAACAACUUAUAAGUGACUCUGACAGUGUUGAAGCACCACCAGAGUUACCUCCCUCUAGAAGCCAGUCAAGCAUUAACAAGAAAAAGAAAAAGAAAGAAGGCAAAGUAGAAAAAGGGGAGAAAGAAAAGAAAGGAUUUAAGGGAAAGAUAAAACAAUUGUAUAAGGGCAAAUCUAAGGACACUUCUGAUCUUCCUAACACUGGUGCGGCCACUUUGCCUGCAGGCGGUGUUUUUAGUAAACUAAAGAGAUUAAAUAAAGCUAAAUCUACUCAAUCAGACUCAAAUUUAGAAGCUUUGAAUAUUGAAGACCACCCAGUAUGUGAUAGUUUGGGAUCUGACUCAGAUACUGAAGGUAACGACAUGUCUCAAAGGAAAACUAAGUCAGAGGAGGAGCAAGAGGUAGACGAAGCUUUGGCUCCACCUCCUUUGCCCCCAAGAAGGGUCACAAGUAGUGCAGAUAUAAAAACUGAAAAUGAAUAUGAGACACCAACUCGAAGUCCAAGGAAUUCAGGACAUUCUGACAAUAGCAUUAGAAGUAGCUCAAAUUUGGAGGGUGGAAGAAAAUCUCCACCACUGCCAGCAAGAAAUAGGGUUUCAAACCAUCUGGAUUUAAACACAGUGAUUCCUGUAAACCCUGGUGGUAACCAACGGAAAAGCGACUGGCCCCCGACCAAGGACAGCUAUCUGCACAGCCAGAAGAUAAACAACGCAGAGAUCCCGUAUAUGGAUGACAGUCCAAGUCCAAAACCCUCACCAGACAGAGAAGCCCCGCCCCUUCCUACCAGGCCUGUCCCCGUAGCAAAACGGCAUCUGUCUUCAACAUCUUCCACGAGCAGCUAUGUGGAUGCAGAUUCAAUUCCACCACCAAGACCGACAUCCAAGCCGCCUCUCCUUCAACAAGACAGCUAUGUGGACACGGGGGAUGACCCUCUGCCUGAUGACAACUACUCCCUAGCUGAGGAAAUCAGGGGUCGAGGUUUAAGGAAGGAGCUUGAAAGGAGACCAAUAUCUUCAGCGUACAUCAAGCCCACUGACCUGUCCACUGUCCCGCCACACAAGACAAUGACCGCGCCCUUCCAGGACAUGAUACAGUUCUGUAGCCAGUAUGACGAAGAUGGGCUCUAUAUUGACCUGUCAUCUGGACAUUUUGUCCGCCGUUCGGAGUUGCGUGACAGUGGCAGAAAAAAGGGGGAAUAUGUUCAACCAACAUAUAGCAUGGCUCAAAGUGAUGACCAGGUUUAUGGCACAGCGAGCCGGUACAAGUCAAAGUUCGAGUCAGAGUCCCUGUACCAGUUCUAUAACAAAGAUAAAAUACACCGGGCCAGCAGGAGGAAGGCUAUAUAUUCUAGCUUUGAUGAAUCAGAUGAAGAAGAUGACAGCAGCCCUGAAAAAGAAACCAUAUACGAGGACCUGUCCGAGUACAGUUCAGGACGAGGAAGUCUUGAGAUUGAAAAGCGUGUUGAAGAGGCCAAGGAAACGAGGGACAGCAAGAUAUCCACGCUCGAGAUGUUCGGGAAGAAAGGAACAAUGUUGCGUGCUUUGUGGGCGGAAAUGCAGGAGGUAAAAGACAGUGGGGUACUUGAGACAAUCACACCUCAUGAGCGUAAACUCCAAGAAACCAUGUUUGAGAUUCUCACCUCUGAAGCGACGUACCUGAAGAGUAUUAAUGUGCUGAUUGACGUUUUCCUCAUGUCAGAGGAGUUUGGGUCAGAGAUAGCCAACAAGUGCGUCCUUACAAAGCCGGAACGCCAUGUGAUCUUCUCAAAUAUUGGUGCCAUAAGAGAUGCAAGCCAAAGCUUCCUUGCUGACCUUGAAGCUCGCUGGAAGGAAUCAGUGGUUUUAACUGACAUCUGUGAUAUAAUAGUGAAGCAUGCGUCGGGGCAAUUUGAAGGUUAUGUCCAUUACUGCAGUAACCAGGCUUUUCAAGAUAGGGCUGUCAUGGACCUCAGGAAGAAGCCUGAAUUUGCAGAGGCCUUAAGACGCCUAGAGAGCCACCCAGACUGUCAGGGUCUGCCCAUGAUCUCAUUCCUGCUGUUACCAAUGCAGCGGGUCACCCGCCUACCCCUUCUGGUGGACGCCAUCUGUCAUAGGAUGGAUCCCGUCAAGGAUAAAGAGCGGCAUAAGUCAGCCACGAAGGCAUGCACUGCCCUGAGCAAGGUGGUGCGGCGAUGCAAUGAUGGAGCGAAAAAGAUGCAGCAGACGGAACAGAUGUACCACAUAGCUCAACAAAUUGAGUUCCCUUCUACAAAGGAGAUAGCUCAGAUCCCUCUCAUCUCAUCGUCCCGAUUUCUUGUGAAGCAGGGGGAGGUAAUAAAGAUCAUCAACAAGGCUGCAAUUGGCCUCCCUUUUGGCAAGGCUAAAUCCCAGAAAGAGAAAAUCAACUUGUACCUAUUCAAUGAUAUAUUGUUGAUUACUAAAAAGAAGGGGGACAAGUACAUAGUGACUGACUACAGCCAGAGAAACGCACUUCAUGUAGAGGUUAUUGACAACCCCGAUAAGAAUACACGAGUUCUUCCUUAUGGCGUUCCCGGCGGCUGUAAAAACCUCUUACUGCUAGCAAUGUUGGAGAACCACGAGAAGAAACAGGUGGAGAUGGUGCUGGCAUGUAAUACAACGAGUGACCGGGCUCGAUGGGUAGAUGCCGUAACUCCAGUGAGAGGCAGUGAUGCUGAGAGAAUAUACGAGGAAUGGGACUGUCCACAGGUACAAUGUGUUAAGGCGUACAUCGCCAGGGAGCCGGAUGAACUCGCUCUCGAUGAAUCUGAUGUUGUAAAUGUGUUCAAGAAACUUGAUGACGAUGGAAACUUGAAACUGGAAGUUAAUGGUAUGUACGAAGGUGAGCGACUUCGGGACGGUGAACGGGGCUGGUUCCCUAAGGACCACACCAUCGAGAUUGUUAACUCCCAUGUGCGAGCGCGUAACCUGCGUAUGAAGUACCGACUCAUGGCGGCGGCAGAUUACGGCAACCCGUCCUGAGAUGACUAUUAUAGAUAUAGAAAUGGGAAGAAUCUCAAGCAAUGAGAGACAAUACUGGCUUAUCUGUCCCUGAUAAAGUCUGAGGGUUCCAAAUAUUUCAUUGGCCAAUGGAAAUAAUGCUCAGUUGGCAUUGUUGUGCCAUUGUUAAUAAUAUGACCUCUGGUCGUCAUUUGACCUCUGGUCCUCACUGGAGAUGUUUCAUAGAUGUCUUAUAUCAUGUAAUUGAAACAUUCAAUGGCAAUGGUGUUGAUCUUUGGAACAUUUCUGGAGAAUGAGCGUAAACACUUACAAAUACUGAGGUAAAAGCUGAUACCUUGUAACUCCAAUAAGAUUGGCAGUGAAAUAUCAGGAGUGCUGAUAUAAAAAACAUUGAACAAGUCUUUUGGCUAAUUUUAAGUGUUUGACAUAUUAAACAUGUAUAUCUUACUAUGGCCGCAGUCGAUUGUAAUUGGACAUUAUUGAAUCUGUAUCACUGCUGGUUGAUUCCAGUUUACCAGUUAAACAACAAUUUUCUGUUAUUGCUGUUCAGUGUCGUAAUGUGUGGAAACAGGUUUACUGCAACAUAUUCUUAUAAAUCAUUAUCAUGGUGCUUUGUCUGUAUUUGUUUAAAAGGUAUGACCCUAGACAGGUAUUACACAUUAUGUUAAUCUGGAUUAAAUGAGAUGGAUUUAAAUAUAUAGUCUACUGUGCUGGAUAAUUGAACAAUGUGCAUUGUGCAUGUAUGUUAAUACAAUAUCGGUCAAUCACAGAUCCUAUAUUAGUGGAUAUAACAGAUGGCGCAACAAGAGAUUCCUCUAUCUUAAUAUCCCAGCGUGCCUUUUAAGAAACUGUAUUUAAGUCUUGGAAAUUUCUCUAUUGAAUGCCUUAAUUCUUUUAUAUACAUUUUCUAUGUGUCGUUCAUUAUGUAAGAGAUACAAAACAAUAAUAGUGCUUGAAUUGUACAUUGCUGUUAGUGUAGUUAUGUUAUUCAUCUUGCAAUUUAUAUCAUUGAUAUUAUAAAAUGCAUCUUUGAUUGAAUUGUUUGCUGCUGGGCUUGUCCCUGUAGUUAUCAUUGGGCCGAUUGUUCAUAGCGUUGUUAAAGUUAACAGCGUUUUUCAUCGCCAUCGUUGUUAACUUUACAAUCUUAACUGCUCUUGAAGCUUAAUAGAUGAAUUUGUGAUCUUCAGUAUUUCUAACAGGAUCUGAGACAAUUGUUUCAGCUGUACUUGUUUACAUUAAGAUAUGUGAGCACAUGCUGAAUUAUUUCACGUUAAAAAAUUCACAAUGAUGUUGUUAAUCACGCUGUUAACUUUAACCCAGUUCUGAACAAUACGCCCAUUGUAUGUGUAAUGUUUGACAGAGAUCAGGGUAAACUUGUUCUUUCUUUUACACAUUCCAGACACAAACUAAUAGUGUUGUCAGCGUUCAAGUGUAUAGAUUUGAUCUAUAAUCUUGUGAGAAACUUGUGAUGCACAUUAUGGUUAUAUAAUAAGCUCUGCAUGAUUAUGUCUUCAAUAUUUAACCAGUAAUUUAUUAUUUCUAAAAGAAAAGCCAUUUCCACAGAAAACAUGACUGAUUUAAAUAGCAUGAUAAUCAGGAUAUAAAGUUCUUUAUUUUAUUUGAAUGAUCUUUUAUCAACUGUAACUAAAUACUUGGUCAAUUUAAUACAUGUACUAUAGUUGACUUUCAUUAGCUUAUUUGAAAAUCGGUUUUACUAAAUAAAGUGUAAAACUGCGUUAUUACAUUAUAUUUGACAUAUCAGUCUUGAAUAGUAUCAUUUUGAUUUUAAUAAGCAUUAAAGUUUUGUUUUUGAAAAACCAUUAUUUCAAUGAUUUUCACUUUUGUUAUUUCUGAUAUUUGUUUAUGUACUUGGGCGGGAACAAACAACAUACAUGGAUAUUGUGAGAUGUUAUGUAUUGGUUAAGUUUUGUUUAGUUUGUGAUCGUUUUGUUUCUAUUAUACUGAACUUCAAAUGUGCAAUACUUUUAAUUCUGCCCUUUUUAAGCUUUUGUUGCUUUUUAUAUUGUCAACAGCCUGUAUUGUUACCAGUGAUGUUGGAGUACACAAAACAUUUAUCAAACGUAGGCCAUGUGGGAUUUUAUAUUUCAUUAUAUAAGAUCAAUUAAAGUAUUCUUAUUUUCAUUUUUAGUUUACCUUUGAACUUGAUACUGCAGAAAAUGCUUCAUUACAAUGCUUUGUCUACUAAAAUCUUUAAAAAAUACAGAUAAACAUUUGUUGGCAAGAUUAUUUCUGUUAUGCUAGCUUCAUGUAUCUUAUUCUUCUGUAGAUAUUGGGAUCUAUAGACUCUUAUGUAUGUAAAACCUAUUACAACUGAAAGUAUACUCCUAUUCACUAAUACUUAUAUAAUUAAAGAAUGCAAUUCUCAAGGA